UCCAAAAGCACCCUUUUUAAAGACACACGGACGGAGGCCUGGAGCUCAGAGCCCCACCAGACAUUCACCUGUGCCGGCGUCAAGCGGCAGAGGAGCCCGGAGCCCCGCGCCCAGCGCACCGAGCCGGGUGGAGCGCCGAGCAGCAGGCGCCCACAAAUCCAGGAUGAUAGGCGACAUCGCAACAAAUCUCUACGCCCAGCCGCUCAGGGGGCUCCGAGGGGAGCAGCGAGUUCAGGGAUCCGGGCCGGGAGCCCAGUGAGGCCGCAGCCCCACGCGCCCUGGGCGUAAUUGCUGUUACAGUUCACGCAAAUGUCCUGCAGUGACAUGUGGCAAUGCAGGGACUGCAGACCCGGACUGAGCCGAGAAAAUCUUGGAAAAUGUAUACAAGUCAUGAAGAUAUUGGGUAUGAUUUUGAAGAUGACCCCAAAGACAAGAAAACACUUAAACCCCACCCAAACAUCGACGGCGGAUGGGCUUGGAUGAUGGUCCUGUCCUCUUUCUUUGUGCACAUCCUCAUCAUGGGCUCCCAGAUGGCCCUGGGGGUCCUCAAUGUGGAAUGGCUGGAAGAAUUCCAUCAGAGCCGUGGCCUGACUGCAUGGGUCAGCUCCCUCAGCAUGGGCAUCACCUUGAUUGUGGGACCUUUCAUCGGCCUGUUCAUUAACACGUGCGGCUGCCGCCGGACGGCGAUCAUCGGCGGGCUGGUGAACUCCCUGGGCUGGGUGUUGAGUGCCUAUGCUGCAAACGUUCAUUAUCUCUUUAUUACCUUUGGAGUGACAGCUGGCCUGGGGAGCGGGAUGGCCUACCUGCCGGCCGUGGUCAUGGUGGGCCGCUACUUCCAGAAGCGGCGCGCGCUGGCCCAGGGCCUCAGCACCACGGGGACCGGCUUCGGCACCUUCCUCAUGACCGUCUUGCUCAAGUACCUGUGCGCGGAGUACGGCUGGCGGAACGCAAUGUUCAUCCAAGGCGCCGUGUCCCUGAACCUGUGCGUGUGCGGGGCGCUCAUGAGGCCCCUCUCUCCCGGGAAGGACGGGAAGGACCCGGCGGGGCGGGACCCGCGGGUCCUCCCGGCUCGCUCCACGGAAUCUGUUCAGUCCGGUGGCCAGCCGGGCAGGGCGGACGAGAAGGAGGGCGGCCCCGGGCACGAGGAGCCCCCCGGGGACCCCGCGGCGCCGGCGUGCCCGCAGGAGGCCGGGCGCCCGAGGAACAUGUGCGCCCUCCGCCUGCUGAAGACGCUGAGCCAGCUGAGCCUGAGGGUCAGGAAGGGCUUCCAGGACUGGUACUCCGGCUACUUCGGGGCAGCCUCGCUCUUCACCAACCGAGUGUUCGUGGCCUUCAUCUUCUGGGCGUUGUUCGCCUACAGCAGCUUUGUCAUCCCCUUCAUUCACCUCCCAGAAAUAGUCCAUUUGUACAAUUUAUCGGAGCAAAACGACGUUUUCCCUCUGACCUCCAUCAUAGCCAUAGUUCACAUCUUUGGGAAAGUGGUCCUGGGCAUCGUGGCGGACCUGCCUUGCAUCAGCGUGUGGAACGUCUUCCUGAUGGCCAACUUCACCCUCGUGCUCAGCAUCUUCCUGCUGCCGCUGAUGCACACGUACGCGGGCCUGGCGGUCAUCUGCGCGCUCAUAGGCUUUUCCAGCGGUUACUUCUCCCUCAUGCCCGUAGUGACGGAAGACUUGGUGGGGAUUGAGCACCUGGCCAACGCCUACGGCAUCAUCAUCUGUGCCAACGGCAUCUCCGCGUUGCUGGGACCACCGUUUGCAGGGUGGAUCUUCGACAUCACACAGAAAUAUGACUUUUCCUUCUAUAUAUGUGGUUUACUUUACCUGGUCGGAAUUCUCUUUUUACUCAUUCAGCCGUGUAUUCAAAUUAUAGAACAAUCCAGAAAGAAAUCCAUGGGUGGUGCACACGUGUAGUGUCGUGUUACGUUUCAUGUGAGAUUUCUCUGUGUUUCUCACGCCUACCUCACCUGGUCGCUGUGAGGAGCCAAUGACAUGUCGUGGGAGAGCGCUUAGUACGGUAGCUGGCACUGUCACUUGUAAAUGUCAUUGUCAUGGCUUCCCUGAGCGUGGCGCUGCCUUCCUCCACCGGGGAGAGGCGACGCAGGCCGGGAUUACGGACUCCACGUGUUUUCGAGAUGACGGUGUCCUUCAAAGACAGCCUACUAGACAUGCCCUUAUAAAAUCCAUCCUCUCUUCAUCAUCCCCUGGGACUAGGGUUUUAGAUAGAGCUUUCUACAACAAAGACCAGAAAUAAAAGCUUUUCGGUGUGACUACUGGCAGACCUCGUUUUAUUGCGCUCCCCUUGAUUGCUCUCCACAGAUACCAUGUUUUUUACAAACUGAAGGCAAGACGCCCCCCACCAGCAAAAAGAUUGCAACCCGCUUUAUUGCGCCUCUCGCGUUGCUGCAAUGGUCUGAGGCCGAACCUGCAAUACCUCUGAGGUCUGCCUGUACUGUGUAAAGUGAAAAUAAUGUCUCCAAAUGCUUUUGGAAAGCUUACAGAUAGAUGGGUUUUAAGCACAAGACUAUCACUAGAUUUAUUUCAGAAAUUGUCAUAGGGGGCUAUUGCUCUCUCACUGUAAAAUAAAUACGGGCUCUAAUUUCAAAGGUAAUACAUGUAGUACAAUUAAAGAAAAAAAUGUAUAUUUUUAUGAAGAGUUCUGCAGCUAGGGAGUACAGUUUCUUAAUGUUCCUCUAAGAAAAGCAUCUGCCAUCCAUCCUGAUUCAGUAGGAUCCCCUUAUAAGCCGAAUCUUAAGACAAAAUCUAAGUAAAGUUUCCUUAGUGAAAGUUGUAUUCGUACUCACACAACUUCUGAAUCAAGGGCUAUGAGUCAAGCACUUUAAUUCAUACCCCGGCCUCUUAAUUUAUGAGCACAAUCCUGGGGCCUAUAAAAAUAUUUUUUCUGAGUUUCUCGUGCCCGGUUAAUAAAAUAGAGAACUAAUUGCGAGCUGACGUGAAGUUGGUGGCUAAAUCAUUGGUAAAGUGUGUUACAAAUCCAGAAUCCGAGGCUGUGAGGUUGUGAGGGUAAUAAACAUAAUGCCCUUGGCGUAGAUGUCUGUGUAUCUGACAUUGGAAUAGGGCCAACAGCCCCUCUCUGUGCCUGAGCUCUGCCCAGUUUAAAAAUAGUCUCUUGAUCUAUUUCAUACAGAUGAUAACUGUGAUCCAUGACACCAAAUAAAGCUCUUCCUUUAUCUGAGAGCUCUAUUUUUCUAAGCCAAACAUUUUUCAGAUUGCAGAAUGUCCUUCCCAGAAUCGUUUGGAAAUUUCUGGCUGCCUUACUUGUUUACACAUACUUCAGAACUGUUUGAAUUUCUACUCGCAAUUUGCUCAUCAAACACAAAAGUCCUUUAAUAUCAUUGCCCAGUGUCUUGGGUCAGAUUUAUCCAACGUGAGUACAGACCAUUCUCAGUUACCCUUGGUGAUUAGAGGCAGGAAUGGUACUAGCAGUUAGAAUCACGGAAUGCUACCCCAAGCCUAAUUUUAGCCAGCGGUUUCAGUCUCUCGCUCCAGAAAGCCUUCAGAGCUGCUAACAAGUAAUUGCAUAGACAAGUUUCUUUGUUUCAUCUUCAUUAUUUCCUUUCCUGAUGCCUAGUGGGAGGGGUUGUGUAAUGAGGGACCCUGAAAAAAACCAUAAAAAUAAAAGGCAGCUAAUGGAAAGGAGGGGCAAGAGCACGGCUAAUAGACACACUUAAUAUCACCUCCCACAGCUCGAGAAUUGCCUGUGAACAAGUACAGAUAAUAAAUCGCAUGGCACACUCCAUUUAGUUCAACACAAUGCCCUACUUGGUACCAUUACAGCUUUGGCUGCUGUUAAAGAACCCAGCUCUCUAUUUUGAUCAAGGUAAAUCUUAAAUGCUGAAGCAAUGCUCUAUCUCUCCCUAUAUAUAUUUAUCAUGAAAUCAGGACGAUUAGGUAGAAAACGUGUGUUUUAAAACUGACCACAGAACUUCAUCACUUGCAUUGCCUGACAACACCAAACUAAUACGAGGAGGCGCUCAAGAUGCGGAAUGGUGCUAUUGCCCGUGCGUUUGGAUGCUCGCACCGCUGGUUACGCAAUCCUGAAUGUCCACUUUUUAUCCAAGGACCCGGCUUUAGUUUUAUGUUCAAGUUAAACAUGCUCACGUUCACUUUGUACAGUCAUUCAUUGACCGACUGUAUUUAUGGAAGUGGUGGUUUCUACCACAUCAGACGUUCCCAUUUUACAAAAAUAGAGUAAAAUCUGCCUGCAAUAUUCAUGUUGACAACAGAAUAACAGAGAAUGCUAUAAGGAAUCACAGCAUAUGUAUUAGUUCCUGUUUAAAAUGUUACUAUUUACAGUUCUUUGAAGAUAUUAUGAGGUUAAUUGUGCAUUUAUUUAUGUGCUUUUUGUA